CGGUCGGAGAGCCGCGCGCACGCGCAACAGCCAAGUUCGUGCCCGCUUUCUUUGACUCUAUGGUCGGGGCUUCGGAGAGAAAAGGGAAGUACCGAAGGUGCUUUCGGCCGGCGUUGCUGGAAGGAGGCGACGGGUCCUGUCGAGGUGAUCGUGUGGUGGAGGCUCCGCCCCCCCUUCUCUUCUCCUUUUCUGCCAGCCGUCGGGAGUUGCCCGGUAGAUAAGCAGCGGCCACGGGGUUCCGGAAGCGCGUCCCGUCACCUGGGACAUCAGGUUUAAGAUCAUGGUUAUGAAGGCUUCAGUAGAAGAUGAUGAUUCGGGCUGGGAGCUCGGUAUGCCUGAGAAGAUGGAAAAGAGUAACACGAACUGGAUAGAUAUUACACAAGACUUUGAAGAUUGCUGCAGAGAAUUGAAGUUGGGGGAGUUGCUUCAUGACAAACUUUUUGGUCUUUUUGAAGCAAUGUCAGCUAUUGAAAUGAUGGAUCCCAAAAUGGAUGCGGGUAUGAUUGGAAACCAAGUUAAUCGAAAAGUUCUCAACUUUGAACAAGCUAUCAAGGAUGGUACUAUUAAAAUCAAAGACUUAUCCCUGCCGGAGUUGAUAGGGAUAAUGGAUACUUGUUUUUGCUGCUUGAUAACAUGGUUGGAAGGCCAUUCCUUGGCACAGACCGUAUUCACUUGCCUUUACAUUCAUAAUCCAGACUUUAUAGAGGAUCCGGCCAUGAAAGCAUUUGCUCUUGGGAUCCUAAAAAUUUGUGAUAUUGCCAGAGAAAAAGUAAACAAAGCUGCAGUAUUUGAAGAGGAGGAUUUUCAGUCCAUGACAUAUGGAUUUAAAAUGGCAAACAAUGUGACAGAUCUUCGAGUUACAGGUAUGCUGAAGGAUGGCUAAGAUGACAUGCAGCGACGAGUGAAGAGCACUCGAAGCAGGCAAGGAGAAGAGAGAGAUCCAGAAGUGGAGCUUGAACAUCAACAGUGCUUUGCAGUAUUCAGCAGAGUGAAGUUUACACGGGUAUUACUGACUGUAUUGAUAGCCUUUACCAAAAAAGAGACUAGUGCAGUUGCAGAAGCUCAGAAGCUGACGUCUCAGGCAGCUGACCUGCUUUCUGCUAUCCACAACUCAUUACACCAUGGUAUUCAGGCUCAGAAUGACACAACAAAAGGAGAUCAUCCUAUUAUGAUGGGCUUUGAGCCCCUUGUUAAUCAGAGAUUGCUUCCUCCAACUUUUCCUCGAUACGCAAAAAUCAUUAAGAGGGAAGAAAUGGUCAACUAUUUUUCAAAACUUAUUGAUCGAAUAAAAACUGUUUGUGAAGUUGUCACUCUAACUAAUUUGCACUGCAUACUGGUGAGUACCAAUACUGUGAACAUGUCUGACUGGUUGGAUCAAAAAGGUUUCUUCCUUUUCUCUCUUAGGUGUUGUCUUUAUAACAACCACCAGGCUAAGGAUUACAUUGACUCCUUUGUCACACACUGUGUCCGACCAUUUUGCAGUUUGAUUCAAAUUCAUGGGCAUAACAGGGCUCGUCAAAGAGAUAAACUUGGUCAUAUUCUUGAGGAAUUUGCUACUUUGCAAGAUGAGGCAGAGAAAGUAGAUGCAGCACUUCACAGUAUGCUACUGAAACAAGAACCCCAAAGACAGCAUUUGGCAUGCUUGGGCACUUGGGUCCUUUACCAUAACCUUCGCAUUAUGAUUCAGUACCUUCUUAGCGGCUUUGAGCUGGAGCUGUACAGCAUGCAUGAAUAUUACUACAUAUAUUGGUAUCUUUCAGAGUUUCUCUAUGCCUGGCUUAUGUCAACACUCAGUCGUGCUGAUAGCUCUCAGAUGGCAGAAGAAAGAAUAAUGGAAGAGCAGCAGAAAGGCCGGAGUAAUAAAAAAUCAAAGAAAAAGAAAAAAGCUCGUCCUCUGAGCAGAGAGAUUACCAUGAGCCAAGCCUAUCAAAACAUGUGUGCUGGGAUGUAUAAGACUAUGAUUGCAUUUGACAUGGAUGGCAAAGUGAGAAAGCCAAAAUUUGAACUUGAUAGUGAGCAAGUUCGGUACGAGCACAGGUUUGCUCCAUUCAACAGUGUCAUCACGCCGCCGCCAGUGCACUAUCUACAAUUCAAGGAAAUGUCAGACCUAAACAAAUAUAGCCCUCCUCCUCAGUCCUCUGACCUCUAUAUGGCUGCUAGCAAACACUUCCAGCAAGCUAAAAUGAUACUGGAAAAUAUUCCCAACCCAGACCAUGAGGUCAACAGAAUCCUUAAAGUUGCUAAACCCAAUAUUGUGGUUAUGAAGUUGCUGGCAGGAGGUCACAAAAAGGAUUCGAAAGUUCCUCCAGAAUUUGACUUCUCCCCUCAUAGAUACUUCCCUGUGGUGAAGCUUGUUUGAAAGACAAAGGAUUAGAAGAACAAAUGAACUGUACCUUGUAUAACAGAGUUGCCUUGGUCGACUCUCCUACUGUGCUCAAAAGGGUCAUGGUGCUCUUGGGAAAAAGUACUGUUGUAUAGGAAGCAAUUUUAUUCUGACUUCCUUUACACACCCUGAAUCACAGCUGCUGUUUAAAAUAUGACCAUAUUGUACCACUGGGGCUGAUUUUAUCAACUACAUUGUUGAAGUAUUGUAUGUUUGAUUUAUUGCACAUUUAAGUAAUAAAUUGUUUUUCUCAAA